UUUCAUAAUAUAUAAGGCUUUGGAUAUUUAUCUUGUUCAUUCUUUCUAUUAAAAAGAAUAAAUAAUCAGACCAAAAUCUCAAUUCUGAUCAUUCACUAGCAAUAGUACUGGUUCAAGAAACUAUAAGCCCAGAUCAAGAAUGGCUUAUCUUCUCCAAUUUCCAAACAAUUUCAGGACCUUCUCUGUUUCAGCUUCCUCCAAUGGAGCUUCUCCAAGUGUGCCUCAGACAGGAGGGCCAGUGAUUCUUGAACUUCCCCUGGAUAAAAUAAGAAGACCUCUUAUGCGUACCCGAUCGAAUGAUCAAGAAAAGGUUAAGGAUCUUAUGGAUAGCAUCGCGCAAAUCGGUCUUCAAGUGCCUAUUGAUGUGCUCGAGGUAGAUGGUGUCUACUAUGGUUUCUCAGGCUGUCACAGGUAUGAAGCCCAUCAGCGCUUAGGACUUCCAACAAUCCGCUGUAAAAUUCGGCGUGGAACGAAGGAGACUUUGAGGUUUCCAUUCAUAUUUUGGCAUCACCUCCGCUGAGUCCAAGAGCUGGGCUCACUUACAGGGCUGAAUGAUACAAUUGCUCGACAUCUAUCUCACGGGGGUUUCACUACAAGUAUUAUUAUAGCUUGUAUACUUGAAUACAUGCCCGAUCCUGAUCCUGAUCACUCAAUCAGAAUAUCAGAUUGUAACUUAUGUAUGUAUAUAGUACUCUGCUAAUUGAAGAUGGAGAUUUGGAACGUUGCUUAGAACUGAAUCCUUAGUAUUAUAGUAUGCAUCUGCAUUAUAUAAAGCAUACUACUACUAUACUUUUUCUGACCAUAUGUAAAGAAGGCACACUUCAUCCUUGGAAUGUUUUAAUUUUUUUUGCAUGA